AUGUAUCAUCCGACGAGGGGAGGUGUUCGCGGUGGUCGAGAUCAAUUUAGUUGGGAUGAAGUGAAGGCUGAUAAACAUAGAGAGAACUAUUUGGGUCACAGUGUCAAGGCCCCUGUUGGAAGAUGGCAAAAAGGUAAAGAUCUUAACUGGUAUGCUAAAGAUAAAAAGCAAAAGGGCUCCAACACUGACGCUAUAAAAGAAGAGAUUCAAAGAGUUAAGGAACAAGAGGAACAAGCCAUGAGGGAGGCUUUGGGGUUGGCACCAAAGUCCUCUACAAGACCACAAGGCAAUCGCCUUGACAAGCAAGAGUAUACUGACCUUGUCAAGAGAAAUUCAACGGCAGAGGACUUAGGUGCAGGGAAUGCUGAUGCAGUUUGGGUUCACGGUCUUGGCUAUGCAAAAACGCCACGACCUUGGGAAGAUCCCAGCACCCUUACAUCCUCUCAGAAAGAAGACGCAGGGCCAGCAAGUUUGCCAGCAGAUACAACAGGGAUCAAGACUGUUGAAGAGAGACCGGAUGAUGCUGAGAAGGACCAAAAGAAAGAUAGGCAUGAAGAAAGGAAACCAGCGAAGAGAGAGAAGGAAGAUAGACAUGAAAGACGUGAGAAACGCGAGAGGCAUGAGAAGCGAUCCAGUCGUGAUUCAGAUGAUAGGAAGAAGCAUACGAAAGAGGAUUCAGAUGAUAGGAAGAAGCACAAGAAAGAGAAGAAGGAUAGAAAGAGGAGGCAUGACUCUGAUUCCGAUUGA